GAUGGCGUUACCUAACUCCCUGUGGCUCUUGUCUGUCUGUCUUCUGUCCUGGUGCUGUGAUGCCCAGGAUCUGGAGCUUUCGGACCUUGAGUCAAAAUCAGACCCACUACCUCUGGUGAUCUGGAGUGAGAUAGAGAACUCCACAAUCGUGAAUACCUUUAAAAACUUUAUUGAAAAGCAAGCACCUGGAAUUUAUGUCCUGCCGCUAAAGAUUGGGAAGAACAUAAUGAAGGAUGUGGAGAACCAAGUUCUGGAUGCCAGUUCCCAAGUGUGUGAGAUUCUCGCUCAGGAUCCUAAAUUGCAGGAUGGUUACAUUUUUGUUACAUUCUCCAAGGGUCUCAAGUUCCUGAGGUCAGUGGCUCAGAGAUGCCCAAUCCCUGUCAUGAGACGUAUUAUCUAUGUUUCGGCUAGAAAAUUUUUAAGAUACUUGAAGAAAUUGUUUUAAACUCCAGCAAGUGGUCCGAAGACAAACCAAUGGCGUGUGCAAACACUGUGAACACAGUAGUGUUCUACACCCUCUUUGAACUCUUCAGACACAACCCAACUGCAAAAGGCCAAUCCUGUCUGCAAAGAAGAGCUUAGUCUCCUGCUCAUUCACACAGCCCCUCUCCUUUUCUCUCCUCCUCCUAGCUUGGAAAAGAUUCUUUGUCUGCAAGAGAGGCAUGCUUGCUUAGGCAUGCUCUUCUCAUCUUCUCUGAAAUAAACCUGCCUGCAAUUUGA